AUGUUAUUUUGUGUCCUGCUCAUUCUGUUCGGUGGAGAUGUCAUCAUGGCCUGUUCAUUGGAAAACUACACACUGUACGUGGACAGACACGAGUGCGGUCAUUGCAUGGCUAUCAACACAACCAUAUGCAGCGGAAUGUGCUUCACACAGGAUACCAACGUGCCAGGAUUUGUGGGCAAGCGUUUCCUGAUUCAGAAGGGAUGCAUGCACCGCUCUCUGGUCUAUCGUGCUGCCAGGAUGCCCGGCUGUCCUCACCACAUUGACCCGGUCUUCUUUUAUCCGACGGCCCGGCGAUGCCGCUGCAUGAAAUGCAACACCACCAAAAACGAGUGUGUCCACAAGCCCAAACGCAUGCCUAACAAAUGCUCCGAACACCUGCGUGCUGUUUGAAAUGAUUAAAUUCAUAAU